CCAAAUCCACCACCUAUGACAGAGGAAGAGAAGCAAAAAACUGCUAUAUAUCGUGUGAACAAUCCUCCCAAAUGUCAUUGCGGUGUUCAUGCCAAAUUUCAAAGGCCUAAUAUUGGUGUCCCUCCAAAGUUCACUCCCUUUUUUAGAUGCUCGCUAAAGACUAGAGAUGGAUGGCCGGCAUGUGACUUCAAUGAGUAUAUUUAUGGUCCUAGAUCUCAUUGGCCGACAAAAGAGGAAGUGCGAGAAUUUGAGAGUGGGAAGAAGCCAUGGCCAUAUACAACUACUCCUAGUCGUCGAUGCAAGUGUGGUAUUCUGCCCACAAAAGGCGUAGUUCCUUCUGAGCUUGGCUACGGAUAUUACUGUGGCAAUAGCUACGGAGAGUAUUGGGAGGGAAGGACAUGUGAUUGGGAGUGGUUCGAAGGCCGGUAUGAGCUAAUGUUGCAAUUGGGCAGAACAAAAGAGCCUUGGAAAUCUCGAGACACUUUAAAUAGAAAACUGAAGAUAAGGAAGGAUUACCGAGUUACUUUGCCCCUUGAGUCAUUUCUGUCAGGGCCUGUACUCCAAGACCUACGGCGUGAGUAUGGAAAGAAGGCAGCAGAAAAGGCAACUCUUGAGAAUUGCAUUGUUUAUUGGAGGAGGAACCGAAGCAAGUACCCACGGCCCCUCACAGAUAAGGAGGUUUUGGCAAAUUAUGAGAAGAAGAAGGAGGAUGAGGAGAUGGAGAGACAGAGGUUAAGUGAGGAAAGAGCAAAGAAAGGUUUUACUAUUGAUCCGGAAGCUAAAUACCCAAAGGGUUCAUGA